CGCGCGCGUGUGUGGGUACCCACUCAUGGCAGCGGACUAUGACGGCUCGUAGAUUUGACACCUAGCUCAAUGCUGGUUCAGACGUUCAUUAAACACAGGCCGAUAUAAUUUCGUGAAAUUGUUGACAGUUUGUUUACGUGCGAAAAGGACAACCCUUCAGUGCUAGCGUUCGGCUUCGAAAAGUGUUAUUUUUUUUUAUUUGCAAGUUUUCGCGCGUCGCACUUGAACUUGACUUCCGGCAAGUCCAGUUUCCCGAUUGAUUUGUGACAUGUUUCGAGUAUUUAUUUAUCAUGUUCGCAAUUAGAUGCGCUUCGUUGAAAAUCGGUCUGAGGGGCACCGGCAUGAAUAAAAUAUCGCCCGCGGUUUGGUGGUCCCGACUAGACGGAAUGGUAACUCUAUUUGACGAGUGGAAAAAAUAAAUUGGACGUUAAUGGACCAAGUUGGAAUAUAUCAUUUAAUAAUGGCAAGAAUGAGGUGAUAUUAAAUUCGUGUAUUUGGAACUUUUGGUGAUGUGAGGAUUAUAUUAACCAUAAAUCAUUUGAACAAGUGGAAGUUUUUGUUGACAUUACUUUUGUGUUCUAACUUUAUUUAUUUUAUUUGAUGGAUGGUUUAUUCUUCAAAUUUGGAUUACAUAAUAUAUUUUGUGAUUCGCCGAGUUUCUGAUGAGGAUACACCGUCCCCAAGCACAUCGUGAGCCAACAGUGGGAUCAAUAGCCGCUGUGUAGUGAAUGGAAUCCGAAGUGUUUGUGUAGUGACUGAUACGGUGAUAGUGUCGGCCUUUGCGGCCGAAACCUGCAACGGAAGCUACGGACGCGAGCCACGCGGGCUGCGGGCCCGCGAUGAGCGCUAACAACUGCGACAGCAUGACAUAUUUCUCCAACGCCUACAUGCCAGACAUGAGGAACGGUGGCGGCCAUGACCACGCGCAGGCGCACGCCCACUACGGCGCCGUGCCACAACAGGGGCAUGAGAUGGAAGGUUGCGACCAGCAGCUCAGGCCUGGCCAGCACCAUUACCCCGCGCAACCUGCGCCCGGCAUGCCAUACCCAAGGUUUCCACCCUACGAUCGAUUGGGUUACUAUCAACAAAUGGAACAGAACGGGUAUCGACCUGACAGUCCGACUCAAAUGGGACAUAUGGGUCCAAAGUCCGACGGCUACGGGCCCAACGGUCACCAGCCCCCGACGCCAGCAGUUUAUCCCUCGUGUAAACUACAAGCGGUAGCAGCGACGGCGGGAGGAGUCCCGGGUAGCCCUCCCUUGGAGCAAGCGCAGCAGAUGCCCCACCAUAUGCACCCUCAGCAGCACAUGGGCCAGCACGGGAUGCCGCCACAUCAGCAGCAUGUCAUGUACCCAGUAGAUGACAUGCAGCAUCAGACGCAAAUGCCUCCUAUGCACCAGCAGUCCAUGCACCCGCAGCAGGCACCGCCCCAACAACCCCCGCCGAACACGAAUGCGUCGCUUCCUAGUCCACUGUACCCCUGGAUGCGGAGUCAAUUUGAACGAAAGCGGGGACGGCAAACAUACACCCGAUACCAGACACUUGAGCUCGAAAAAGAGUUCCAUUUCAACCGAUACCUGACGCGGAGGAGACGGAUCGAGAUCGCGCACGCGCUCUGCCUCACCGAGCGCCAAAUCAAGAUCUGGUUCCAGAACCGGCGCAUGAAGUGGAAGAAAGAAAACAAGACCAAAGGCGAGCCUGGCUCCGGAGACGAACCGGACAACAUGAGUCCGCCCACAUCGCCACAGUAAAAGCCUUUAGCUUAGUUCAUGCGGUCCAAGUGACAGAUCGAUUUGUUUCAGAUUUAGCCUCACGACACCGACUGUUUGUGUCCAUUUAUUUUCAUAUAACAUUGAAUUUUGUGCUCCGGAAUGAUGAAUCUGAAACUAUCGAUCCGGUGGCCGAAGUUUCUAGAACGGUUUAAUUUGUAUAAAUUGUAUGUUGGACUUUUCAUGAUAAUAUUAUGAUUAUAACUAAUGCGUAAUUAGUGACUUGGCAUAAAGAGUAAUGAUAGUGUGAUGAAGAGAUUUUUACAGUUGUUAAGUAUAAAUUAAUUUAUAGAACAAUCUCAAUACCAAUAAUUACCAAAAAAGCAGUGUAUAUGAUUAGUGAAGCUGCAUCAGUACCGAUGUGAUUGAAUACAUUAAACGUACCUAGUUUGGUUAUUGUUUUGAAUAUUUGCAGUAAUUGUGGAGACUAUCCUGAUUUACUGUUUAUAAUUUAUCAAUU